AUGUUUUUCUUCUUGUUGCCGCCCUCCAAUUCAAUCACUGAAUGCGAUGUACUGGACUCGAAAUGGAUGAAAAUCCAAUUACUUGGAAACAACCCAAACAACGAAAACGCUAGCGCGCCGAGACAGUCUGUGAAUAAAUCCGAGAACCCAGUACUGAAACACAAGACGACAUUGAUCACAACGAAAACUUGUUCGCAACACUACUUUCUUCUUAUUCUGGUUUCUUCAGCGCCUUGUAAUCUACAGCGAAGGAAAGACAUCCGCCAAACAUGGGGUGUAGACUUUGCUUUGAAUCCUCGCUGGAAGACUGUCUUCCUUGUGGCCCAGACGCGGAACAAGAGCGUAUCAGACCGGUCAGUAUAAAAUAUGGACUACGGACUGCGGACUACGGACUGCGGACUGAGUAUAAAAUACGGACUAGGUAUAAAACGCGGACUGGAAAAUACGGACUGGGUAUAAAACACGGACUAGGUAUAAAACGCGGACUGCGGACUGGGUAUAAAAUACGGGCUACGGACUACUUUGGUAAAAACGGUGCCAAUUGGUUCUAGGUAAGGAAAAAUAAGAUCAAAAGAUCGCUAAAUAGCAAGACACGUAAUAGUUGUAAAUACUCCCAUGAAUUUUUGGUGGAGGUGUGCCGCCCGGUUCUCUGAAUCAUGAGCCAGAUCAAAAUGCUAUUUUCUUCACCCAUUUUUAGACCUUGUGUCAGGAUCAGGGGGGUACUCCCUUAUGUAAGGGAAGGGUAGGGGUUUUGGGCCUUUUUGGUCUCAAAACACUUUGCCCAUUUUGGUCUGGAAUCGUGUAUGGUUUUUCGAGGGAACUACGGGAGCAUACAUGAAUGGACGUAUUUAUCGUUUCAAUUCCAAAUGAAUAAGAACGAAAUAGAAAUGUGCGAAUUCGAAAUGCAUUUGGAGAAUUUUUUGUUUUGUUUCCGCUCUAACUUGGUAAUGAUGACAUAAUUUCUGCCUAAUUAUACCGAACCUGUUCCAGGCUGCGAGAUAGCUGGGUCCGCUGAAUUGAGAAAGCGCGAACACGAAAAUAAAACGGGAAAAAAAUGGGGAGUCUCCCCAACUAUCUGAGAACCUGGAACAGGCUAAAUUAGGCCAGGUCCGAAAAUGGGUGUGGAUUUUAGAGAUCUGGUCUGAAAAUGGGUGUGGAAAAUAACAUUUUUUGGUCUGCAAUAAGGUCAGGAUUCGGAGAACCGGGCACCACCCCCCACCAAGAAUUCCCAGUACUUCCCCCCUCCGGGGAUCAGGAGCAGGGUGUAAAUCAUGUCAUCAUAAUCAUCGCUUGGAAUAUAACGUUGGAUGACUCAUUUCGGUUAUUAUUCACGUAUGUGAGUAAUCCCUCCCCCCUUGCCCUCCCCCCUAAAUACCGCUUUUGUGCAUCGCGGAAUGCCCUACAUUGACCUUCUCGUCUGAGUUCUUCAUUCAGUCCUCAUACGGAAUUGUGGUAUUCGAUAAGAAUUUUACUGAUCUAACACCAAUACCUUUUUUUAAAUUCGGUGCUUCUUAUUGGUUUAAAACUACAAAUUGAAAUCUGUUCUAACUCCUUCUUUUCAUAAAAUUCAGAGUAAAAUUUCAGUUGCCUUGAGUACCGGCAUAACCUUCCUUCUCCGUGGGAAGAAUAGACUACGUGAACAGCCAAGGGAAUGUUAAAGUUGGGAUUACUGUUUUUGCUAGUCCGCUUUCCAUUUCUCUCAGUUUUACCUUUCUAAAGCUGUUUUUAUUUACAUAGUCCGUAGUCCGCGUUUUAUACCCAGUCCGUGUUUUAUACUCAGUCCGGAGUCCGCGUUUUAUACCUAGUCCGUAUUUUAUACCCAGUCCGCAGUCCGUGGUCCGCAGUCCGCAGUCCAUGUUUUAUACUGACCGCGUAUCAGACUUAUUACUGAAAGAGGAAAACGUUUUCGGGGACCUUGUACGAGCGCAAUUCUACGAUCAUUACUGGAAUCAGACCCUUAAGAUACAAAUGGCAUUUGAGUGGGCUUUCAUGUAUUGUAAUUUUUCCUUUCUUUUAAAAAUGGACGAUGAUACAUUUGUUGAUGUUAAAGGUUUAAUCUCACUACUUGCCAAGCCUGCAACUCCUCAAGGAAAGCUUUAUAUUGGAAAGUGUUUUGCGAAAGCCUUAGUGAAGAGGAAGGGAAAAUGGAACAUUUCGUUUGAAGAUUAUAAUGCAACAUUCUAUCCAGAGUAUUGUUCUGGGUUUGGAAUUGUCUUAUCUUCUGAUGUUAUUAAUAAGUUAGUUGAUUUGUUUGACGUUGUCCCAAAGUUCAAAGUCGACGAUGUUUACAUCGGUAUGCUGGCCGAAAAAGCUGCUGUGAAACCUAUUUUUAAGGGUGAUUUUUUUAGCAGAUUUUCCAUGCAACCACUGGGAAGUAAUAGCUGCGUCGAUCUGAAGAAGUAUAUUUGAGUUGUUUCGAGCUACAUUAUGUAUUUAGACUGAAAUGACUGUUUUGAAGUGAUUCCCGUCACAAAGUAAAACUAAAAUUUAUCCCGUGGUUCGGUUUUAUCUUUGGUUUGUUUUACAGUCAAACCAGGUCAAGAGUUACCCCCCAAGAAUCCAUUAAUGAAUUUAUUAUUCAAAAGUUGAAUCUAUUGCUAGUUGUAGAUUUCAGAUUGAUCUCUGCAUUCUUGUAUGUGUAAUGAGCCCUGAAUUCACACGCGAGGCAGUUAUGAAAUUUCUGCCAGCUCCAUUUUCCUGAAAUUGAAGUAAAUGUCUUCUAAGAAGCUUAAUCCAUUCAAAGAUUUCCAAUCUGACCAAAUACAGAGAAGUUCUCGUAAAAUAUUCAAUGCUCAUUACGCAUGCAGAAAUGCCGCUUUGAAUUUGACACCAGUUACGGGAACGGCUAACGGAUUCAUUUUUCAAAUAAUCAAUUCACUGAUAGAAUGCCUUACUUGGUUUGACUGUAAAAUCAUUCUCAUGCAUACUAACCAUACCUAAAAUCAAUGAAAGUAAAAUUUGAACCAAUGAUAAAAUUAAAGCACAUCAUUUAUUGCAAGGAAGUCAGUCGUCACUCGUUGACGUAAAAAUCUCGGAACCUAGAGACUAAAUGCUAAAUGACUCAAACGUAAGAAAUACUGAGGAAGAAACACUCGGAAUAGAACAAACACGUUUACGCUGAGUACUUUGUUAUGACUACAGUCGACUCCCGAUAAAACUCGAACCCUCUAUAACUCGAACCUCCCGCUAACUCGAAGCAAUUUUCAUAUCCCUUCAGAUCAUUUUCAAUAUAAUUUUGCCCUUGAUAACUCGAACUCCCGAUAACUCGAACUUUUUUCAAUUUUCCUUGAAGGUUCGAAUUAUCGGGAGUCUACUGUAUUUGUUUAUUUCAAGGACCCAAUUAGAAUAUGAAGUAAUGUUUUCUAGUACUUUCUAUGACAAGAUAAGAACUGGAUAAACAGGUUUUUGUGUCUUCGGGUUAUAUAAGCAGUUUCAACAUACCAGUGUGCGCUCUUUUAUCGUGUAUCGAUCUGUAACGGAGUUCUCUUAAGUUUCUGGUAGAAAUUAAAGUUCAAGUUGCGUUUAACAAAUUUGUGGCUGUCACAGACGUUCAAGUUGAAUCUUAACAAGAAGGGAGGGAAAUUAGUACUUUACCCGGGGGCUGGGAGGGAGGGGGGGGGGCUACUCAACGAAGUUCUAUUGCACAAAGGCUCCACCCCGAGGUCCAACCCCUUACUCUUUUUAGUGUUUUUUCGUAUCAUUUUUUCGGUACCCCUUUCGUUUAUCGUCUAUUGACAAAUGAUACGCCUUUCACAUAUCUAGUUUAGAACUUUACAUCCCUUUUACCUGCUGUAAAUGCGCCCUCUUUGAAAUCUGAAUAAAUCAAAAGCCAUACUGGGAACGUUUUCUCGACUUUUUCACAGCCAUAAAAUGACCUUUCUGGCAUUUUUGCAGACGGACGGAAAUGACAGAUUUCCCUACCCUUUUAUACUUCAACAGGUAAAAUCCAUACCAUUUCAUAAACCUGAACCUGAAAAAGGUACCCCUUUCGGGCGGACUCUCCCCGUAUAGACCCGAAGUACCCCCGGACAAUAUCUAAGAUUAUCUUGUUUGUAUUGUUUGUAUUGGUGAGUCGCAUAUGAGACCUGUAUGAGAGUCGCGCUUAAAAGCAGCGACUCUCAUAUGGGUUUAGUCGUAAAAUUUCAUGCCACUGUUCUUUUGCAGCUUCUGAGGCUCUGCUCAGUGUCUUGCACGAAUAGAGAUUAAUUUCGGUAUUUCCACUUAAAGUGGAGAGAAAAUAUGAAAAACGCGGCAUAGUUCAAUACCUGGCGAGAGCUAAUAUCGCUUGAGCCUUUCCGUGCACAGCAAGAGCCCAUAAUCCAUAUACUUUCCCAUUAAAAACUCCUAAAACAAGCUGGAAGUUUGACCUGUUAUGACUAAAGGAGAUGCAAAUUUCCAAUCUUGAUGUUGAAAUAAUAUUCAUGGAAACUGAACAUUAAACGGUCUCUCUCAAGUACAGAAUUAAAAAGUCGAGUAUUAUGAACGCGAAAUUUUAUAACAAAGUUAGCCACGUUAUACCCUGGGUGCCAGAGGCUUUUCAUGCGCGGUUUCCGAUCUUGGUUAAGUCUUAAAAAGUGCCCCUCUCGUGUCUUCGGCCUUCAGAGACGUGCAAAGAUUAUCGUCGCACGCGAAAAAAAACCUCUGGUACCCAGUGUAACAGUAAUACAGUUGCUGUUGAAAAAAUCUUAGUCCGGAGUUUAUACUGACUUAAUUUACCCUAGAUAACAGAGGUUUUGUCAGGCGCAUGCAGCAGGGUAGAUUUAAUAAUUAUGCCCGGUAAUAAGUAGUCCGCGUUUUAUACCCAGUCCGUGUUUUAUACUCAGUCCGGAGUCCGCGUUUUAUACCUAGUCCGUAUUUUAUACCCAGUCCGCAGUCCGUGGUCCGCAGUCCGCAGUCCAUGUUUUAUACUGACCGCGUAUCAGACUUAUUACUGAAAGAGGAAAACGUUUUCGGGGACCUUGUACGAGCGCAAUUCUACGAUCAUUACUGGAAUCAGACCCUUAAGAUACAAAUGGCAUUUGAGUGGGCUUUCAUGUAUUGUAAUUUUUCCUUUCUUUUAAAAAUGGACGAUGAUACAUUUGUUGAUGUUAAAGGUUUAAUCUCACUACUUGCCAAGCCUGCAACUCCUCAAGGAAAGCUUUAUAUUGGAAAGUGUUUUGCGAAAGCCUUAGUGAAGAGGAAGGGAAAAUGGAACAUUUCGUUUGAAGAUUAUAAUGCAACAUUCUAUCCAGAGUAUUGUUCUGGGUUUGGAAUUGUCUUAUCUUCUGAUGUUAUUAAUAAGUUAGUUGAUUUGUUUGACGUUGUCCCAAAGUUCAAAGUCGACGAUGUUUACAUCGGUAUGCUGGCCGAAAAAGCUGCUGUGAAACCUAUUUUUAAGGGUGAUUUU